UGCUAGUGUAAUUGAUGGAUUGAAAGUUUUAUUUCCAUCUAUGUGUUUCGUUCGAGGACGACUUCGUCAUCCAUAAUCUCAAGGAUGUGUUGAAAGAGCGAAUGGUGUGUUGACCGGAGCGUUAGAGAAAUGGAUCGCGGACGAAGAUUCAGUUCAUUGGUCUGAAGGCUUACUACCGGUUGCUUAUGGGAUUAAUACAAGAGUAUCUUCUGUAACUAAAAGUACUCCGUACGAAAUUCUUUUUGGUCAAAAGCCGCGUUCAGAUGUGGAAUUUUUACGAGUAGUUAAAGAGAACAAUAUUUUAGACGAAGACGAUUUGCCGGGUAAUGUAGAGGAAAUUGAUGAAACUCCAGCUGAGAAAGCCACUUCAGACUUUCUUGAUUUCGACGACGAAUUAGAUACUCCAGUUGUUAAUGAUGCAAAUGAAAAAGAUACUUCUAUCUCUGCUGGUCCGGUUUAUGUUGACACCACUGCUUCUCUUGCUAUGUUGCUCACUUCUUCGGUCAGUGGUCUCGAUGAUGGUACAACACUUGUUAAUCUUAUUUCUUUUGAUUCUCCGAAAUCUCCUUCAAGAUCUAUUCAAGAUCUUUCCGUUGUUGUUGAUGUUGCCAUUUCAGACACUGAUAUGAAAACCACGCAAACUUAUGAUCUUCUCAACGAGUUGAUAGCACUUUGUGACUCUGUCGAAACAACUUCUCAAAUGACUCUCUCAACUCCUUCUGCAGCUUCCAAUGUUUCUUCAGCUUCCACAAUAAACUCAGUUCAUUCCUCUUCACAAUUGCCACGUCAUGAUUCGAUAAGAAAGAAGGCAACUGAAAACUAUGUUGCUACUGCCAAUAAAAAGAGAAAACUUUACGAUGAUCAUUUAACAACUUUAGCUGAAGGUCUGAAACUUGGUGAUUGUGUUGAUAUAAAAAUUCACGAGGUUGAUCGUACUAAUACAGAUCCAAAAAUCUUACUAUAG